GUUGAAUAGUGUUUGGUCUCUCCGCCAACUGGACAGAUCUUCAAAAUCAGUCAUACACGCUGUUGGAAUUCCUCCUUUUUUGUUGAAGUUUUUGGGUUCUUUUUUUUUUUGUCCGGCGUAAGAGUUUUCAGAGGAGUGGGGGUCUCACGUGUCUCCGCUUGUGUCACCAAGUGGGGGGGCAGCCAAAGUCAUGCCGGCCGGGUUUCAGCAACUGGGAGGAGAGACGGUGACUGGAACCCUCGCGCUGUCCGUCUUCACUGCUGUACUGGGAUCACUGGAGUUUGGAUACAACAUCGGUGUCAUUAAUGCACCCCAGAAGAUCAUUGAAAAGGACUACAACGCGACAUGGGUGCAUCGCUAUGGACAGUCCAUCCCGACCGGGACGCUUACGUCCUUGUGGUCUCUGUCCGUGGCCAUCUUCUCUAUUGGGGGCAUGCUGUCCUCUUCCUGUGUCGGUUUUGUUUCUGAGUGGUUGGGAAGGAGGAAGGCCAUGCUCAUCAACAACCUGUUUGCCUUCAUGGGCGGUAGCCUGAUGGGAAUGUCCAAACUCUGUCGCUCCUUUGAGAUGAUGAUUCUUGGACGCUUCAUCAUCGGUGCCUACUGUGGGCUGGCGUCAGGCUUGACCCCCAUGUACGUGGGUGAAAUUGCACCGACCAGCCUGCGGGGGGCGCUGGGUACGCUGCACCAACUCGCCAUCGUUACUGGGAUUCUCAUUGCUCAGAUUCUGGGCCUGGAGUCGCUACUAGGCAGCGAGGACUUGUGGCCCGUUCUGUUGGGGCUGACGGUGGUGCCGACCGUCCUCCAGAUGGGGCUGCUGCCUUUCUGCCCCGAGAGCCCUCGCUUCCUCUACAUUGUACGCUGUCAGGAACACCAUGCCAAGCGUGGCCUGAGGAGGCUGACUGGCCGACAGGAAGUUGGCGACCUGCUCGCCGAGAUGAAGGAGGAGAAGAGGAGGAUGGACAUGGAGCGCAAAGUGUCCAUUUUGGAACUCUUCCGAUCACCCGUGUACCGCCAACCCAUCGUCAUUUCUAUCCUGUUGCAACUUUCCCAGCAGCUAUCUGGCAUCAACGCCAUUUUCUACUACUCCACCAGUAUCUUCACCAAGGCCGGAGUCCAAAGUCCAGUUUACGCCACAAUAGGAGCCGGCAUCGUCAACUGUGCUUUCACUGUCGUGUCGCUCUUCCUGGUUGAGAGGAUGGGUCGGAGGACGCUACACAUGCUGGGACUCAGCGGCAUGUGCAUCUGUGCAGUGAUCAUGACUGUAGCGCUCAGCUUACUGGACAGUGUUCCAUUCAUGAGCUACAUUAGCAUGCUGUCCAUUUUCGGCUUCGUGGCUUUCUUCGAGGUGGGCCCGGGUCCCAUCCCAUGGUUCUUUGUGGCCGAACUGUUCUCUCAGGGUCCCAGACCGGCCGCCAUGGCUGUGGCGGGCUGCUCCAACUGGACCGCUAACUUCAUCGUUGGCAUGUGCUUCCAGUAUGUUGCUGAUCUUUGUGGUCCGUACGUCUUCCUGAUCUUCGCCGGUCUGCUGCUUUUCUUCCUUGUAUUCACAUUCUUCCGUGUUCCUGAGACGCGGGGAAAAACCUUUGACCAGAUUGCAGCAAACUUCCUACAGCACUCGGCUGACGGCAUGAUGGAUAUGAACCUGGACCUAACCACGGACAAGACCAGCACGGAACUGGACUAUUUAGGGGAGGAAAUCAUGGACUGAGAGAAAGCGAGAGAGACUCAUGGUGGUGAAAAUGUGCUUUGCAUUGUGUUGUUUCUAAUACUGUGUGCUGUUCUCCAAAUACUUCAAUACUCAUGAAUUCCACAUACGGGAUUUCCUGCACUUUAUCGCCACAUGCGGCAACUUUUAGCAGCUUUUUCAAACUAUGCGUGUCUGCUUGUCCCUUCGGAUUGCCUUCCAUAUAACAUACCAGUCCUACUCAAGCAGCACUGGCACGGAAACAAGAGUUCAGAACAUUAAAAUAUUUGAGUCCCCCUUUUUUUGGCUUCACUGUCGAACUAAUGUCCAUUUUUGUAAAUCCAUCCCAAAUGUUCUCCAUUGGAUCUAGAUGAGGGGAAGACCCAUGAUGGGUCCUCUGGAAGACGUCCUUUGUCAUCACCACACAGACCAGGGCCUUCAGUCAUGAGAGAUGCCCCCUGCAAAAUCUCCACAUAGCCGGCUUCCGUCACCCCUGCAUGUCCUGAAUCGCCAUCGUUCCAUUGAAGGAUGGUGGAAAACAUCAGGUGGGAUCUUCUUGGGCGCCAGGCACAUCAACGGAGAAGAAAACCUAUCACCUUUCAAUGUCCCAUGUUUGGAGGCGUUCAACUGCUCAUGCCUGGCUUUUUUUCUUCUGAUGUUAUGGGACUGCCCUCAGCACCAGUACCAACCUUCAUUUGGGCCCAGGAUGGUCCCUGUCUUGACCAGCCAAUGGGAUCCUGCGGCUCAUUUUGUGUUUGUUUUAUGGUCUAUCCCACCCUCUAAUCCCACCUUGUUCAAAGAGAGAAAGCUUUUCUGCCUUUGCCACCAAGAGAAGACUACCUGACAAUCACUUCAAUACUCAUUUUGCCUUUUAAAGGCUGUGCUGUGAUGAACAGCCUAUUUCACGUGAAUGCUUCUUUGCAAUAAAUUGCUAACUGUUAUUUUUUGUUUCACUCCCAUUUCCUUUUUUUGCAUUUUGAAGAUAAACUGAAACGUUUUAUUAUCCUAAAACGUUUAGAGUGAUCUAAUGAAAUAUAAUAGUUUAUAUAUAAUAUAACUAGAAUUUGUAUAAUGUAUUCCAUUGACAUUUUAGCCCUGCCUUUAGUUCCUUGAUCUUAUUUUUGCAUGUUUGACACAAAUGUUUCAGAUAUAUAAAAAAAAAAAUAGUCAACACCACAAAGGUUAAACUUUAAAAGGGGAAAAAAAAUCCAAAUAUAAAUGCGCCCCCGCCUGUUAAAACGUAACUGAAAUAAAGCCAUUUCUAAAGAUUUGGGACUCCAGCCAAACACAAUGAGAGCCAUUAACCACAAAUGGCCAAAACAAUGGCAAACUUCCCCAUGCAGGAGUGGCCACCAACCAAAAUGACCCAAGAGGUCACAAAAGACCCCACAACAUCAUCCACAGAUGCCUCAGUUAAGGUCAGGGUUC